CACUCGCGCGGUGACCCACCUCGCGCGCGAUUCCCGCACGCGCACGAGGUUUCCUUAAGGGGUUCACCUCUCAUUCAGUGGAAGGCGGGAAGAAAAACCCGCACGGACGGGCGGGCGCUUUCGCAUCCCGACGCCCGGCGGGCACGCCUAAAACGCGAAGCGAUUCCGUCGAAAACGAACGCGCUUUUUCGCGACCGCGAGAUGACGGCGACGAAGGCAGCCGCGGCGGCGGCGAAAGAGCGAAAACCCGCGCAGGCGGGCGGCGCGAAGACGCGAAAGGGGCCCGCGCGAGAUAAGAUGGCCCGGCUCGAGCGAGCCCUGGGCACGUCCGCGGCGGCGGAACCGGUCGUGAGCCCUUUCCUGAAUACGAUGCCGCAGGGAAACAACAAACGGGUCGUCGGCUUCGCGGAGCCGCUCCCUCACGUCUCGGGCGGCGUGAACGCGCACGCGCACGGCGGCGCGCCGGGAAUUUCACCCAGAGGCGUCGGAAUCCCAGGGGUUCCGCACGCGGGGCCGUUCGACGCGUCGCACGCGCGGCCGUGGGGCGCGAUGCCGUUGGCGCAAAAUAUCCCACUUCACCCGCCGGCGCCCGCGCCGAAUUCUUCGCUCGCGCGAAACCUGGGGGCAAACGCGCAAGCGUGGACGGACGCGAUGAAUUUCGGAAAGAGCGCCCCCGCGAGCGACAGCGAGAGCGACCGCGAGAUGGAAAGCCUGACGCGGAUCAACUUGCGAGAUUCAGAUUACACACACAACACGGACGUGUCCGCGCACGGCGCGUGGCCGCUCCCGGGGGUCCCCGCGGCGACGACGACGACGACGCGCGCGGGGCCGGCGGCGGUCGCCGCCGGGGGCAAAUCGCCGCGAUCGCAUUUGCGUCAUCACGCGAGGACCGCUACUACAGUGUCCACGCAGCCGAUGAACCCGCACUUCCCCGCGCCGAUCGUGGAUAAGACGUCGCGGUCGAUGCAUCAGGCGCUCUCGCCCGCGCUCGUAAACGCGGCGAGGAUGGUGAUGACGCAUCAACAGGCGGCGUUCGCCGCGCAGCUCGCCGAGCUUCAUCGCAUCGUCGCCGCGCAGGCGGAGCUCGUGAAGCGCCGCGACGCCGGCGAGGGGCGGCAAGGAAGCGGGAGCGGCGACCCCCAAAGCGGAUCGGGCAGCGGGCUGAGCGCGGAGGAAGGGCAAGGGUCCGGGCUCGCGUCCGGCGGCGAGAGCGGUCGCGGCAGCGGGGGCGGCAGCGGGGGCGGAUCCGGGGGGGGCUCCGCCGAGCGCGGCGGGAGCGGUCGCGGCGGCGGGAGCGGGAGCGGCGGCGGGAGCGGCGCGGGGAGCGGCAAGGGCGACGGCGGCGGCAGAGGGGACAGCGGCGGCCUGGAUGAUAACAACACGCGGAGCGGGUCCGGGAGCGACGACCUCUCGGGCGCGAACCCGGCGCGGGGCGCGGCGCCGCCGACGAUCGCGGCGGGGUCGCCGUCGUCGCUCACCGCGAAGCAAGCCGCGAUGAAGGCGUUUGAGACGCAGCAGCACAAGUCCGAGCGCGCGUACGAGCGCGCGACGCGGCCGUGGCGAGAGGAAGGCGGCGGCGACCAUCUCCCGGCGUUAAGCGUCGGCGGGAAGGCGCCGACUGGAGCGGGCGCGACGGCGCCGGGUGCGCCCGGCGUCGGCGUCGGCGUCGCCGCGCAAAACGUUUCAUCGUUUCCGCAGCACGGCGCCGCGCCGCCGCCGCACGCGGCGCGGGUGAUGCAAGAGCAGUGGAUGGCGUACUACGCCGCGCAGU